AUGGCUGUUCAUAUCAAAGCACCCCAUGAAGCGGCAGUGCCGUUUUCUCCGUCGAGCAGGCCUCCUUCUGUUGAAAUUCGCCAUCCGGAUUACGACGCUGGACAUGCGUUGUUGUUUCGCUUUCCCGCUUUUGACGAUGGGAUAGAAUAUAACAUCGUCUGGACGGCUUGCUGUAUUGUACUUGGCAAUGCUUGGACUCGAGCAGAAGCAGAUCGGCCUUAUUUGUCCCUCACCCAAACUAGAGGGUCGCCAGCACUAGUCGUUCCCGCCGAUGGGAUACUUUCUGUCGGAGCGUAUUACCUCCACGACCCUAUCUUUGCUACCGACGAAGAAUCGCCCUAUCCUAUCACGCCUAACUUCCAUCAUUGGGAAUUCCCGCAUAACAAUGUUCCUUCCCUUUGGUUGGAGAGUCACGGCAUUCAGCCGAAUCCCACCCGUUUGUACGCGACAUCCCCCGGCAACUUUCGCGAUAAGGUCCUCGUUCGAGAUGAAUCCUGUCGCAUGACACUCUCUCGCGGUGGUGUUGAGCAAGCCUAUUGGGUUCCUAUCUCUGCGGACGAUUGGUUCAACGACAACAUGAUGGAGAGAUAUCAUUCGGAAGACACCUCAAUCGGCGUUCGGGAUCUGUCAAAUACCAUUCUGCUUCGCGCAGACGUCCACAAGAUUUGGGAUUCAAAAGACCUGGUCAUGCAUAUGCUCAGCGCCCACGAUAAACAAGAGAAGCUGGAGCUCUGGCACAACAGGCAGCCUCACACGCUAUACGGUAUUCGACCCGAGUUCGUGUUUGCCCGUUUCGCUUGGACGAUAUUCAACAACGAGCUGUUCCGUAUCUUCAAUUCCAGGCGGCCACAGGGUUGGAAGAUACGUGUUCGGGAGGAUGAUCCAAAGGCCGAGACACGUAAACACGUUAUCCAACACGCAUUUAAGCGAGCCGAUAUCCCGCUGGCUCCAUUUCAGCAAGAGAAGAAGCACAAACGCACCCCAGAAACUAUUGGAGAUCUCAUGUCCCCUACCGACUAUGACGAUUAUGUGGAAAAUCCUAAUUAUUGGUUUUAUUCUGUUAGUCGUGGGGAGAUGGUGCGUUGGAGUGAUGAGGAAGGAGAGUCAGAUGGUGAUUAUGACAGUGAUUCCCCAAGAGGGUUGCAAGAAGGCUCGUUUGAAUGA